GCUUGAAAUCAGCAAAGAAACAAAUAUGUCUCAGUUUUUUGCGUAACAAAUGACAAUUCCUAGUCUUGCUCUUUUGAGGCUCUAAAAGUUCUCCUUUGCAAUUUAGAUUAUCCUAACCCCUCCAAUCACUUCCCAUUUUCGUUCCCCUAAACCAAAUUCAUCCCAUCAAUGGCAUUUCCAUAUUCCAGUCUUCCUCUCCUUUUUGCCUUCAUUCUUUUACCUUCUUCCCCUUUAGUCUUAUCCUCAAUUGAUGCGGUGGUUAUCCCCUUACACCACUCCCAAACGCUCGAGGACAUGAUUACUCGGGCUUGCGACAAUGUCGAAAAUCGAGGAUCAUGUCUCGAAAAUAUACGCUCAAAAUUAGAAAAUGACAGUUAUCAUGACACUACAUCGAUCCUCAAAGCAGCCAUGCAUAACUCUCUUAGUGAGGUUAGGCUGGCCAUGGAUGCGCUCUCAAAGUUCACCACAUUGUCCGUCUCCCCGAGAGAGCAAAUAGCCAUUAGAGAUUGCCAAGAACUUCUCGACUUCUCGGUCACGGAGCUGGCUUGGUCGAUGAAGGAAAUGAGAGAAAUGCGAACCAAGCAUCCUACCACAAACCCGAGUUCUGAGGGGAACCUCAAAGCAUGGUUGAGUGCUGCUCUAAGCAAUCAAGACACUUGCUUGGAGGGAUUUGAGGGAACGGACAAACGCCUAGUGAGUUUUAUCAAGGGGAGCUUGACGCAAGUCACGCAACUGAUUGGCAACGUGCUAAAGUUGUACGUCCAGUUGCAUGAGUUGCCUUUCAAGCCCCUCAGAAACGAAACCUCGGAUUUCCCGAGCUGGAUGACGGAAGGUGAUAAAGAGAUGGUGGUGGGUUCGAAGGCGGGGAUAGGUAUGCAUGUGGACGCGAUUGUGGCGUUGGAUGGGAGCGGACAUUACAGGUCGAUAGCGCAAGCGGUGUUUGCCGCUCCGAGUUAUAGUAGGAGGAGGUAUGUGAUAUAUGUGAAGAAAGGGAUAUAUCAUGAAAAUGUUGAUAUGAAGAAGAAGAAAACUAACAUCAUGCUUGUGGGGGAUGGUAUUGGAGUCACUGUUGUCACUGGUAAUAGAAAUUUCAUGCAAGGUUGGACCACAUUUCGAACAGCAACAUUUGCUGUGUCCGGGAAAGGAUUCAUUGCAAGAGACAUGACAUUCCGGAACACCGCCGGCCCUCAGAACUUCCAAGCGGUGGCACUCCGAGUAGACUCCGAUCAGUCGGCAUUUUUCCGGUGCAGCGUGGAAGGCUACCAGGACACCCUAUACGCCCACUCGCUCCGCCAGUUCUUCCGAGAGUGCUCAAUCUACGGCACCAUCGACUUCAUCUUCGGCAAUGGCGCCGCCGUGCUGCAAAACUGUCGGAUUUUCACCCGGCAGCCGCUGCCACUUCAGAAGGUGACCAUCACGGCCCAAGGCCGCAAAAGCCCAGACCAGGGCACCGGGUUCUCAAUCCAGGACAGCUACAUUUACGCUUCCCAGCCCACUUAUUUGGGCCGGCCUUGGAAACAAUUUUCCAGGACAGUUUAUAUCAACACUUUUAUGAGCCGAAUGGUCCAGCCCAGAGGCUGGUUGGAGUGGUACGGAGAUUUUGCUUUGAAUACAUUAUGGUAUGGUGAGUAUAGGAAUUAUGGGCCGGGCGCCUCGUUGGCCGGGCGGGUCAAAUGGCCCGGUUAUCAUGUCAUCAGGAAUGCGCCGACGGCGACUUUGUUCACCGUGCAACGGUUCAUCGACGGCAUGUCGUGGUUGCCGUCCACCGGAAUUAAGUUCUCGGCCGGUCUUACUAAUAGGUGAUGAAUGAAUGAAUGAAGAGAAUUAAUAAGACGUUUAAAAUGUUAUAGGCUCUCUAGUUAAAAUUAUGUACCAUUUCUUUACUAGUAAUUUCAUACAUAUGCACAUGUAUAUGGUCUGCAUUUCAUUUUUUACUGUAACAAAUCUCCACAUUUAAAAAAUCUGCUUCAAAUUUUAGCACAGAUAUUACACAGUACGGUGUUUUCUAUUUGAGAAAAGUAAAAUCAUAAAUCAAAUC